CGCUUCUGCUUCUUCUUCUUCGGCUUGACGAUUAGUUGGAAAAGAGAUCCGCAAUCGCAACACGUGUUGCGCGUCUUACUUGUUGCUGUUGUUGUUGCUAAACAUAAUUACGCUCUCGCGCGCUCUCUCUCACUGUCUCUCUCCGAGUGUUGCUAAAGUACACGUCAUUGUCUGGCAACAAAUCACGAGAUGCGCGUUGCUUAAAGAAAGCUGCAAUCGUUGACAAGCUUUCAGUGAUUCACGCGACGCGCUCGCGGCAGGUGCUCAUAGUGGACGAUUAACUGUUAAUAAUUGUAACUGUUUCUUUGUUGAAACUCGAAAUAAAAUACGGCAAAAAUAGUAAUUUUAACAAUUAAAAAAAAAUAAAUAAAAUAAAAAAUGGGCUACGAUGAGAUUAUUGUGGAAUUGGGCGACUUUGGACGCUAUCAGCGUAUAAUUUAUGUGCUGAUCUGUUUGACAUCGAUGCCGGUUGCAUUUCACAAACUUGCCGGCGUUUUUUUGCUCGCCAAGCCAAAAUUUCGCUGUGCGCUGUCGAAUGAGACGAAUCAAAGCUUUGAGCUAACGGAGGAGCUUUCACAGCUCGCUUAUCCACCGUAUGAAAAAUGCGAGCGCUACGAACUGGAAUACGACAUAGGCAACGAAAGCUUUCACAGGCUUAGCAAUGAAACGCAGAGUUGCAAUCGAUUCAUCUACGAUCGUUCCCGUUACGCGAAUAGUGCCGUUACCGAGUUCGAUUUGGUUUGUGGCCGAGAAUUUCUUGCGGCCACAAGCGAUUCAAUGUUUAUGCUGGGCGUCCUUUUGGGCAGCAUUAUUUUUGGCCAACUCAGCGAUAAAUUGGGCCGGAAACCGAUUUUUUUUGCCUCACUUGUGAUUCAGCUGGUUUUUGGCAUUGCGGCGGGCUUGGCACCGGAUUACUUUAGUUAUACUUUGGCCAGAUUAGUUGUGGGCGCCACAACGUCGGGCGUCUUCUUGGUGGCCUAUGUGAUUGCCAUGGAAAUGGUUGGUCCCACGAAGCGUCUCUAUGCCGGCAUCUUUGUCAUGAUGUUCUUCUCCGUAGGAUAUAUGCUUACGGCGGGAUUUGCUUAUUUUAUCCAUGACUGGCGCUGGUUGCAGAUUGCGUUGACUCUGCCUGGUUUGAUUUUUAUGGGUUACUAUUGGAUUAUACCCGAAUCGGUGCGUUGGCUGCUGUCGAAGGGUAAGCGGGAGGAGGCCUUGGAUGUGAUGCAAAAAGCGGCGAGGUUUAAUCAUGUGGAGAUUAGCAGAGAGACUUUGGAGCGGCUUCUGGAUGGGGGGGGGGAGAGGGAGAAGGAGAACGAGAAGGAGCAGGAGAAGCUGAACCUGAAUAAGCAGAUGGAGCUUGAGAGGAAUCUGGAGUGGAAGCUGGAGAGGGAGCAGGAGGAGAAGCACCUGAAGGAGCAGGGCAAGGAUCAGUUGAAGGAGCAGGAGAGGCGGCUGCAGCUGGAGAAGGAGAAGCAGCUCAAUCUAGAUCUCAACCUUAAGCUGAAGCAGAAGGAGCACGAGCAGGAUCAGGAGGAUCAGGUGGCAUCCGCAGCCAAGCCCGCCUCCGUUUGGGAUCUCUUUCACUAUCCGAAUUUGCGCCGCAAAACGCUCGUCAUUUUCUUCGAUUGGCUCGUCUGCACCGGCGUCUACUAUGGCCUCUCCUGGAGCCCCAACAAUCUGGGUGGCAACGUCCUGCUGAAUUUCGUCAUCUCUGGCGCUGUGGAAAUACCCGCCUAUUGUUUUCUACUGCUCACCUUGAAUCGCUGGGGUCGCCGCUCGAUACUCUGCGGUUGCAUGCUGCUGGCGGGGAUUAGCCUGCUGGCGACCAUCUUGGUACCGGUUAAGAUGCAGUGGCUCAUGAUCACCUUUGCCAUGUUGGGUAAACUGGCCAUCACCGGUUCCUAUGGCACCAUUUAUCUCUUUUCCAGCGAACAAUUUCCGACUGUGGUGCGCACGGUUGGAAUGGGCGCCGCUUCCAUGGUUUCCCGUUUGACUGGAAUGCUGGCUCCUUAUCUGAAUGCCUUGGCCAGCAUUUGGCGACCUCUGCCAUUGGUUAUCUAUGGCGUACUCGCUUUAUCCGCCGGAUUUUUAUCUCUGCUUUUGCCGGAGACGCAUAAUAAGCCUACACUGGAAACAAUUGCGGAUGGCGAGCGAUUUGGAAGGAGGGAGAAGAGCAGCAGGAGGGAUCUGGAAAAGGGCAGGGAGCUGGAAACGCAACCACUCAAUUUGUCAAAUGGCAACAAAGCGUAAUUUGUUAACAAUAAUAAAUAAUAGUAAUUAAUAAGAACGGUAAUUAAUUAACAUAGCUAAAGUCCAUCUUCUUCUUCCCCGAGGUCAUUCACUUUUCAAUUCCAGUCGAGCACAAGUUUUUUUACCAUGAAGAAAGCAGAGAAAGAAGAGAGAAAGAGAGACAGGUAAACAGAGACAAAGAAAUAAAUACAGAGUAUUAAAAAUUAAAUUACUGAAAAUCUCAGUUGCAUGCCAAAAAAAAAAACAAAUAACAAAACGAAAAGACGAAAGAAAAUUUAGAAAAAGAAAUUAAAAACAGCGCUUAGAAAAACAUUUGCGCUUUAAGCAUUUAGAUCUGAAGUGGGAACAGUUUUAUUUGAACUAACUGUGCUUGAAAUUUGAAAUGCUUCCUUAACUGUUCCCCCUUUAAAACAAUAAACAAUAAUUAGACAGCGCAUACACUCAGAAAUAAAUCGACGAAGCGAAGUUUUAGUAAGUCGCAAAGGGUUCCUCACCUUAUUAUUCCGAAAUAAGUUUUCUAAAAAUUAGGCUUGUGCCUGUCUUAAAAUAAAGGGUUUGCAUUUCUUAAUUGUUUUGAGUGUAUUUUCUAAAAUUUUAAGAAAAAAAAAUGUUACUUACAGGGUGUUGUUUUCUAAUUUGGUUAUUUUAGAAGAAUUAUUGUAUUAACUUUUUUCUUACUUUUAUUAUUAUUAAGUAUUUGUGUUUUAAGAUUUUACAUAUGCAACAAUUUUAAUUAACUUACAAAGCAAAGAGCAAUUUUUUUUCUGAGUUUCGGAAAAUAAUUUCUCUUUAUGCAUUUAGAUCUGAGAGAGAAUUGGUUUAUGUUUUUUUUGGCAUAACUCUGCUAUUCCAUUUGAUAUGCAUCCCAGAUGUGUUCUCUUUCCAACCAAAACUGUUCCCAUCAAUAUGCACGCCAAAAAAAUAAAAGACGAAAAAAUUAGGUAAACAUGUUAUCUUUAAGGGGAGUUGUGCUCUCUUUUGAGAGCUAAGCUUUUACCACUUAAGAUUUGAAAUGCAUGCGCAAGAGAAGCAGAUCCAGUUGUGUUCUCUUCCCUAAGUUGUUCCCACUUUAGGUAUGAAAUGGUCUCUGCAGUGUCUAAGCUGUUCCUGCCUUGUAGGUUUGCAUUGCAGCGUAAACUGUGCCCAGCAUUAACUGUUCCCGCUUUGAUAUAUAAAAUGCGUGCCUAAGAGAGCGAUAGAUCGUGCUGUGCUCUUUUCUUAGGCUAAGCUAAACUGUUCCCAUAAUCUAAGCCACUGUUUCCCUAAUCUGUAUUAUGUAUGUAUUUAUAUAUAUAUGUUUGUAUACGACAAUUGUACUUAGUAUUUACUUAUUACACUUAUCGAAUUUUUAGACAAUGUUCUCUUUAUCGGCACGUACUUAUUUUUGGCAUACAAAUAUUGUAUUUGGCAUAAGUAGCAAAAGUAAAUAAAUUCUGAGCAAUUAUGUAAAAUGUGAA